CUUUGCAUAUGAUACAUCUCAUAAGAGUCAUAACCCCAAAAUCCUAAAACUCUCUACUAGUUCAUUGGUUAGGGUUCGGCAUCAACACUUGACUGUUGAAACCAUUCUCCUCUCUCAUCUCUCUCAACCCUCCCUUGUAUAGAGGGAAGGCGCUCGAUCACAUACUUUCAGGUGCUACUUAAUUUUCCUCAACAUCUUCACAUGCUAAUCAUCCUUUAUCUUCAAUCAAAGAUUAUUUUGCUAUUAGAUUGUGUUGUGAUAGAUUCUGAACAUAAUCCAAAAACCCCAUUAAAGAAGGAAGAACCAGAAGUGAGAAAUUGUGAUGGGAAGAGAUUUAUCUCGGUCGCCGUCGAAUUAUAGGCGUAGUAGAAAAAGUCAUAGGGGACGAAGCCCGUCGCCUUAUAGCAGAAGAAAAAGUUCUAUCUCCCCUCGUCGCCACAAAAAUCGUUCUCGCACCCCAAGGCGUCAUAGAAGUCGUUCUGCAUCACCUAGACGCUAUAGACGGCGACGAAGUAACAGCACUUCGUUGUCUCCAGUACGCAAAUCUCCUAGUCCAAGCCUUGACUCAGUAGAGCAGAAAAAUGCCAAUGAGAAGUUGAAAUUAGAAGAAGAGAAGCAAAGGCGUCAGCAGGAAGCUGAGUUAAAACUAAUUGAGGAGGAAACUGCUAGAAGAGUGGAGGAAACAAUUUGUAAAAAAGUUGCUGACAGCCUGAACUCUGAGGAGAUCAAGCUAGAAAUACAGAGGCAGUUGGAGGAUGGUAGAAAGAAAUUACAUGAAGAGGUUGCUGCUGAACUCGAGAGAGAAAAGCUAACUGCUAAACUUGAUGCUCGGCGGAAAGAGGAACAAGCUCGAAAGGAGAAAGAAGAACUUGAAAAGAUGCUGGAAGAAAACCGGCGGAGGCUUGAGGAAGCUCAGAGAAUGGAAGCAUUAGAGCAGCAGCGAAAGGAAGAGGAACGAUAUCGGGAAUUGGAAGAGAUGCAAAGACAGAAGGAAGAAGCUAUGCGGAAAAAGAAACAACAAGAGGAGGAAGAACGGGCAAAACAGAUGAAGUUACUUGGCAAGAACAAGUCAAGGCCAAAAUUGUCAUUUGCCCUUAAUUCUAAAUGAACAAAUUUCUGAUGUAUGGAGAGUUACAAUUUAAUUUUAUGCCUUCUGUAACAUAUAAGAUGGAAUUUUGGAGCUCAAUUAUGCUCGUUUUUGUUAUAUUCGUUAGCAUGAAAAUUAACAUAGGAACUUCUUGUGA